AUGGCUGCCACGGCGUCACAGAAGUACUUGAGCUCUCGGGGUGGCUCGUACGGGUUUUCCUUUGAAGAAGUCGUCCUGAAGGGCCUCGCAUCAGACGGAGGCCUCUUUAUCCCGGAACAGAUUCCUUCGCUGCCCGCAGACUGGGAGACAAAGUGGCGGAACUAUAGCUUCCAGGAGCUGGCCUUUGAGAUCCUGUCGUUGUACAUUUCUCCAUCGGAGGUUCCGUCGGAUGAUUUGAAGGAUAUAAUAGCUCGCAGCUAUGGGACAUUUAGGACUCCCGAUAUCACUCCACUAGUCACAUUGAACGAGCAAAAGCGAUUAUAUCUUUUGGAACUAUUUUGUGGGCCUACCUUCGCCUUUAAAGAUGUGGCGUUGCAAUUCUUGGGAAAUCUAUUCGAAUACUUCCUUGUGAGGCGGAAUGAGGGAAAGACUGGCAAGGACCGUCACCAUUUGGUGGUCGUUGGAGCUACGAGUGGAGAUACCGGCUCAGCCGCUAUAUAUGGACUACGCGGGAAGAAAGAUGCCUCUGUCUUCAUCCUGCAUCCGAAGGGCAAAGUGUCACCCAUUCAGGAAGCACAGAUGACAACUGUGUUAGAUGAAAAUGUCCAUAACAUCAGUAUCGAAGGAUCUUUCGAUGAUUGCCAGGAUAUGGUCAAGGCCCUUUUUGCCGAUCCGGAAAUCAACAAAACUCAUAAACUAGCUGCUGUGAACUCGAUAAAUUGGGCUCGUAUUCUUGCUCAGAUAACCUACUACUUCCACUCUUAUUUCUCCCUCAUUCGAUCCCCCAAUUAUGUCCAGGGAAAGCCAAUUCGGUUUGUGGUGCCAUCAGGUAAUUUUGGUGAUAUCUUGGCUGGAUGGUUUGGCAAACAAAUGGGUCUUCCGGCCGACAAGUUGGUUAUUGCUACCAAUGAGAAUGAUAUUCUUGACAGAUUCUUGAAAACUGGCCAGUACACGAAACAAGCACAGGCUAAGACACAAGAGAGCCCUUCUGCCGUGAAGGAAACGUGGAGUCCCGCUAUGGAUAUUCUGGUAUCAAGCAACUUUGAGCGACUUCUUUGGUUCCUUGCCUUCAAAGUCUACGGCCAUGGAGACAUCGACCAGAAGCGGAAAAUCGCAGGCAACACUGUACUUGGCUGGUUGCAAGACCUCUCUAGCAAGGGAGGGUUUGGGGUUGACGAGAAGAUAUUACAGGCAGCUCAACAAGAGUUCGAAAGUGAGCGGGUAUCUGACGAGCAAACCAUUGAUACUAUCCGAUCGAUUUACUCGACCUGCUUCCCCCAGGCCCCUGUCAGUGCCGGCACUAGAGGAGAGACGGGAGGAUACAUUCUUGACCCUCAUUCCGCCAUCGGAGUUGCAGCAUCGUUGCGAUCAAUCUCUCGGAAUGAAGAGACCUUCCACAUCUCACUUUCAACAGCACAUCCAGCCAAGUUUGCUGAAGCGGUGGAUGCGGCUCUGCGAAACGAAAAGGGGUAUUCGUUUGAUAAUGUGCUUCCCCCGGAGUUUGUCGGGUUAGAGAAGAAGGAGCGCCGUGUCAUUUCCAUGCCGGCUGGAGCUACUUGGAAAUCGGUUAGCGAGACCAUCGACCAGCACGUUUCUGUUUAG